GAGGGUGGGGGGAGGACGCGCGGACCGACAGACGGACGGACCGACGGGCAGGCAUGCGGGCGGCUCGACUCUAGACUCCGGCCGCAGCCAUGGAGCGGCGGUUGCGCGCGUUGGAGCGGCUGGCGCGGGGCGAGGCCGGCGGCGGCCCGGGGCUCGACGGCCUCCUGGAUCUGCUUCUGGGGCUGCACCAAGAGCUCAGCAGCGCCCCCCUGCGGCGGGAGCGCAACGUGGCGCAGUUCCUGAGCUGGGUCAGUCCCUUCAUAGCAAAGGUGAAAGAGCUGCAGCUGCAGAGAGAUGACUUUGAGAUCUUGAAGGUGAUCGGCCGAGGGGCCUUCGGGGAGGUCGCUGUGGUGAGGCAGAGGGACAGUGGCCAGAUUUUUGCCAUGAAAAUGCUGCACAAGUGGGAGAUGCUGAAGAGGGCCGAGACGGCCUGUUUCCGGGAGGAGCGGGAUGUUCUGGUGAAGGGGGACAGCCGCUGGGUGACCGCUCUGCAUUACGCCUUCCAGGAUGAGGAGUACCUGUACCUGGUGAUGGACUACUACGCUGGGGGGGACCUCCUCACUCUGCUGAGCCGCUUUGAGGACCGUCUCCCGCCUGAGCUGGCCCAGUUCUACCUGGCCGAGAUGGUGCUGGCCAUUCACUCACUGCAUCAGCUGGGCUACGUCCACAGGGACGUCAAGCCAGACAAUGUCCUGCUGGACAUGAAUGGGCACAUCCGCUUGGCCGACUUUGGCUCCUGCCUACGGCUCAACAACAGUGGCAUGGUGGAUUCGUCGGUGGCAGUGGGGACGCCCGACUACAUCUCCCCUGAGAUCCUGCAGGCCAUGGAGGAGGGCAGGGGCCACUACGGCCCACAGUGUGACUGGUGGUCCCUGGGGGUCUGUGCCUACGAGCUGCUCUUUGGGGAGACGCCCUUCUACGCUGAAUCCCUGGUGGAAACCUACGGCAAGAUCAUGAACCAUGAGGACCACCUGCAGUUCCCCCCAGAUGUGCCCGAUGUGCCGGCCAGUGCCCAAGACCUGAUCCGCCAGCUGCUGUGCCGCCAGGAGGAGCGUCUGGGCCACGGAGGGCUGGACGACUUCCGGAACCACCCCUUCUUCGAAGGCAUAGACUGGGAGCGGCUGGCGACUAGCACUGCCCCCUACAUCCCUGAGCUUCGCGGGCCCAUGGACACCUCCAACUUCGACGUGGAUGACGACACCCUCAACCAUCCGGGGACCCUGCCGCCACCCUCCCACGGGACCUUCUUAGGCCACCACCUGCCAUUUGUGGGUUUCACCUAUACCUCAGGCAGUCUGGGCCCUGAGAGCACUUCUGAGCAGUUGGCUGCCCUGGAGCGGAAGCUCCGCUGUUUGGAGCAGGAGAAGGUGGAGCUGAGCCGGAAGCUCCAAGAGGCUCUGCCGACCCCCUCAGACCCUCGGGAACUGGAGCAGCUACGGAAGGAAGUACAGACUCUGCAGGACAGGCUGUCAGAGACGCUGAGGGACAGCAAGGUGGACGGACGCCCGGCUGGUAGCCCAGGCCAGGACAGUGACGUGCAGCAGGAGAGAGACCAGCUCCUCCAGGAGCUGGUCGAGGUGCGGGCGGGGCUGCGGGCGCAGGAGCAGGAGCUGUGCAGGGCCCAGGGGUGGCAGGAGGAGCUGCUCCGGAAGCUGCAGGAGGCCCAGGAGAGAGAGGUGGCCAUGGCCAGCGAGACCCAGGCCCUGAGCUCCCAGCUGGAGGAAGCCUGGGAUGCCCAGAGGGAGCUGCAGGCCCAGGUGGCCGCCCUGAGCCAGGAGGUGAUGCAGCUGCAGAGACGGCAGGAACGAAGCCUGGAGAAGGAGCCUCCCCAGAUAAAGACCAUCCACACCGCCUCUGAGACCAACGGCACAGGAUUGCCUGAGGGCAGCAGGCCUCAGGAAGCACAGCUGAGGCAGGAGGUGGCUGCCCUGCGUGUGCAGCUGGAGCAGGCCCGCGGCCACGGGCCGCAUGGGAAGGAGGAGGCUCUGUGCCGCCUGCAGGAGGAGAACCAGCAGCUGAGCCGGGAGCAGCAGCGGCUGGUGGAGGAGCUGGAACGGGAGCAGCAGAGCAAGCAGAGACUGGAGGGCGCGCAGCGGGAGACGGAGAGCAACUGGGAGGCCCAGAUUGCCGACAUCCUCAGCUGGGUGAAUGAUGAGAAGGUGUCAAGAGGCUACCUGCAGGCGCUGGCCACCAAGAUGGCCGAGGAGCUGGAGUCCUUGCGGAACGUGGGCACCCAGACUCUCCCUGCCCGGCCGCUGGAUCACCAGUGGAAGGCACGGCGGCUGCAGAAGAUGGAGGCGUCGGCCAGGCUGGAGCUGCAGUCGGCACUGGAGGCCGAGAUACGGGCCAAGCAGGGCCUGCAGGAGCGGCUGACGCAGGUGCAGGAGGCCCAGCUGCGGGCUGAGAGCCGUCUGCAGGAGGUCGAGAGGCACAACCAGGGCCUGCAGCAGGAGCUGGCUACCCUCCGGGAGGAGCUGCGGGCCCAUGGGCCGGGGGACACCAAGCCCUCAAACUCCCUGAUUCCCUUCCUGUCCUUCCGGAGCUCAGAGAAGGAUUCCACCAAGGACCCCGGUGUCUCAGGAGAGGCCCUGAAGCCUGGGCUGGAGCCCGAGCUGAGGCCAGAGGGCCGCCGCAGCCUGCGCCUGGGGGGUGUGUUCCCCAGAACGCCUGCUGCUACCACACCCCCUGCAGAAGGUCCUCCUGCAAAGCCUGGCUCACACACGCUGCGCCCCCGGAGCUUCCCAUCCCCCACCAAGUGUCUCCGCUGCACCUCGCUGAUGCUGGGCCUGGGCCGCCAGGGCCUGGGCUGUGACGCUUGCGGCUACUUCUGUCACUCGACUUGUGCCCCACAGGCCCCACCCUGCCCCGUGCCCCCUGACCUCCUCCACACGGCCCUGGGAGUGCACCCUGAAACGGGCACGGGCACCGCCUACGAGGGCUUCUUGUCGGUGCCACGGCCCUCGGGCGUCCGGCGGGGCUGGCAGCGAGUGUUUGCCGCCCUCAGUGACUCGCGCCUGCUGCUGUUUGAUGCCCCAGACCCGAGGCUCAGCCCGGCCAGCGGGGCCCUCCUGCAGGCACUGGAUCUGAGGGACCCCCAGUUCUCGGCCACGCCUGUCCUGGCCUUGGAUGUUAUCCACGCCCAAUCCAGGGACCUGCCCCGCAUCUUUAGGGUGACGGCCUCCCAGCUGACAGUGCCGCCCGCCACGUGCACCGUGCUGCUGUUGGCGGAGAGCGAGGGUGAGCGGGAACGCUGGCUGCAGGUGCUGGGCGAGCUGCAGCAGCUGCUGCUGGACGCACGGCCCAGGCCCCGGCCGGUGUACACGCUCAAGGAGGCCUACGACAACGGGCUGCCGCUGCUGUCCCACGCGCUCUGUGCCGCCAUCAUCGACCAGAAACGGCUUGCUCUGGGCACUGAGGAGGGACUGUUUGUGAUCCACCUGCACAGCAACGACAUCUUCCAGGUGGGUGAGUGCCGGCGGGUGCAGCGGCUGGCCGUGAGCCCCACCGCGGGCCUUCUGGUCGUGCUGUGCGGCCGCGGCCCCAGCGUGCGCCUCUUUGCCCUGGCCGAGCUGGAGAACAUGGAGGCAUCAGGAGCCAAGAUCCCCGAGUCCCGAGGCUGCCAGGCCCUGGCAGCCGGGCGCAUCCUGCAGGCCCGCACCCCCGUGCUCUGUGUCGCAGUCAAGCGCCAGGUGCUCUGCUACCAACUGGGUCCAGGCCCGGGGCCCUGGCAGCGCCGCAUCCGCGAGCUGCAGGCACCAGCACCUGUGCAGAGCCUGGGGCUGCUGGGUGACCGGCUGUGCGUGGGCGCGGCUGGCGCCUUCACCCUCUACCCGCUGCUCAAUGAGGCUGCGCCCUUAGCGCUGGGAGCCGGUCUGGUGCCUGAGGAGCUGCCCCCAUCCCGCGGGGGCCUGGGUGAGGCCCUGGGCGCCGUGGAGCUCAGUCUCAGUGAGUUCCUGCUGCUCUUCACCACCGCCGGGGUCUAUGUGGACAGCGCCGGCCGCAAGUCUCGCAUCCAAGAGCUGCUGUGGCCAGCAGUGCCCACGGGUUGGGGUUACGCAGCCCCCUACCUGACAGUGCUGAGCGAGAACGCCAUCGAUGUGUUUGAUGUGAGGAAAGCAGAAUGGGUCCAGACGGUGCCACUCAAGAAGGUGCGACCCCUGAACCCAGAGGGCUCCCUGUUCCUCUUUGGCACCGAGAAGGUCCGCCUGACCUACCUCAGGAACCUGCUGGCAGAUAAGGACGAGUUCGACAUCCCCAACCUCACCGACAACAGCCGGCGCCAGCUGUUCCGCACCAAGAGCAAGCGCCGCUUCUUCUUCCGCGUGUCGGAGGAGCAGCUGCAGCAGCAGCGCAGGGAGAUGCUGAAGGACCCUUUUGUGCGCUCCAAGCUCAUCUCAACGCCCACCAACUUCAACCACCUGGUGCACGUGGGCCCUGCAGACGGAAGGCCCAGCGCCAGGGACCUGCCCCCGGCUCCGGAAGAGAAGGGCCAAGGUGCCCGCAGCUCUGGCCUGCAGCGGCCCCACAGCUUCUCCGAGGCCCCGCGGCGCCCAGCUUCCAUGGUCAGUGACGGCCUCGCUGGAGACGCGGACCACAGCAGGCAUUUCUGUUUCGUGCUGGGACCUGAGGCCAGAGAACAAGCUGAGCCCAUCCCUGCCUUGGAUGCUAAGAGAUGCUGACUCUCCCCUGUCUCGCCCCUUAGUGGGUCCCAGCAGGGGCCUGGAGGUCUCAGAACGGCCCCGGAGCCUCCCCCUGGCCCCUGAAUCUGAGAGCUCCCCUUGACACCCUCCGGCGGGGCCCAACCCCCAAUCCCAGGACCGAGAGAUGCGAGAGAGCAAAGAGCUUGAGGAACGCCAUAUUCCGGCCGGUCCGGAACGUGUGGAAAUUCGGACUCAGGGCAGGCCUGGCCUGGGCAGCCAUGGCCUGGGUUGCUAGGACAGGGCCGGGGCAGGAUCUGACUCCCAGCCCUCAUCCCGCCCUUCACUCUGCUCCCAGCCCCAGCCUGUGCUAGCCAUGGGGAAUAGGAUGGCCCCCUUCUGCCCUGGGGGCCCCUCUGCGCCAGUGUCCAGGGGUGAUUUUGCCAAAGCUGUCACUUCCAGGGCCAGGCCCCCGGAGUCUUGUGAUCAAGAGUCCAGAAGAGGGACAGAGAGGGGCCGGGUUCCUGGGAGCAGUCUGGGGUCGUGGCUGUGGACUGUCUAGCCCCCAAGGAGGUUGAGUUGGGGCAUACCCCAGUCUCUGCUCAGGGUCAGGGCAGGAAAGACAGGCUCUAAUCCAGAGGAAGAGGUAGAGAAGGAGGGAGAGGAUGUUGGUGAAGGAGGUGAGAGAGGCAAGGGGGAGGAAAGGAAGUGCAAGAGGAGGGGAGAGUGAUUGGAAGGAGGUGAAAGCCAUCCAGAAGAGAAGGACAGAAGGAUAAAGGAGGAGCGAUGGAGAAGAGAGAGGCCAGAGGAGGGGGUGGAGGGAGAGGGAGCUAGGAGAGCACAGGCACAGGCGCCUUCUGUCUGGGGGGAGUCGGUGGGGGUGGGAAGAGGGAGGGGCUCUGCGAGCCAACUGACAUUGUCAUCUAAUUUGUCCAGGAGGAAGAUAACUCCGAGCCAGGGAUGGGAUGGGGGGGUAUUUAUAAGGGCUGCUUGGUGGGAGAUGGGCACCCUAUGGGUUUCCAGGCACACUCUGGCCCUUCGCAGAAAGGCGGGGGGUCAUUUUUCUCAAAGCUUCAACCACCUGUGUAUUAGGGGAUCAUAGGGGCAUUUUAUUAUUGAUCACAGUCAUUAUUAUUGUUAUUAUAUUACUAUUUUUAUUAAACCUCCCCCUACUGAUGAGUAGGGAGCAAAAUAAAUAUUUAUCUCCUCAAAUGCCAUAUUCCCGGGAGGGAUAGACCCUGACACUCUGUGAGGCAGUAAGAAACCAAUAAAGACAACUUUGUAAGCUG